GGCCAAGGCCACAAUAAAAUCGAAACAGAGAGAGCCCAGUUCAUAGUCAUCUCUCUCUCUCUCAACGGGAUUUUCUCUUUCUAAAAAUAUUUUGCAACUUCCGCAGUGGAACAAGAAGGACGAAACCCAGAAUCGUUGAAUAGAGUUUCUAAAUCAAUUCUGAAGUGAGUUCGGCAAUGCACCGAGUGGGUAGUGCGGGGAAUACAUCCAAUUCUUCUCGCCCCCGCAAGGAGAAGAGGUUAACAUAUGUUUUGAGUGAUGCCAAUGAUAGUAAGCAUUCUGCCGGUAUAAAUUGCUUAGCUGUGCCGAAGUCUUCUAUCGAUGGCUGUGAUUACCUUUUUACUGGAAGCCGUGAUGGUACGUUGAAAAGAUGGUCGCUAGCUGAAGAUGCAGCCUCCUGCUCUGCUACCUUCGAGUCUCAUGUGGAUUGGGUUAAUGAUGCGGUUCUUGUAGGCAAUAAUAGGCUUGUUUCCUGUUCUUCAGAUGGCACUGUUAAGGCAUGGAAUUGCUUAGAUGAUGGAGGUUGCACUAAGACUCUGCGUCAGCAUUCUGACUAUGUGACUUGUCUUGCUGCAGCAGAAAAAAAUAGCAAUGUUGUUGCAUCUGGAGGACUUGGUGGGGAGGUUUUCAUAUGGGAUAUGGAGGCUGCAUAUGCUCCAGCUUCUAAGUCAAGUGAUGCAACAGAUGAUGAGUGUUCAAAUGGUGUCGUUGCUACUGGAAAUUCACUACCAGUUACAAGUUUACGCACUAUCAGCUCUAGUAACAACAUUUCUACACACCCAAACCAGUCUCAUGGUUAUGUUCCAAUUGCUGCAAAAGGCCAUAAGGAAUCAGUUUAUGCAUUAGCAAUGAAUGAUAGUGGGACGCUUCUUGUCUCUGGUGGAACUGAAAAGGUUGUGCGUGUUUGGGACCCAAGAACUGGUUCAAAGACGAUGAAGUUAAGAGGACAUACAGAUAAUAUUAGGGCUCUCCUUUUGGACUCGACUGGCAGGUUCUGCUUAUCAGGAUCCUCUGAUUCCAUGAUCAGACUGUGGGAUCUUGGUCAACAACGAUGUGUGCAUUCCUAUGCAGUACAUACUGAUUCUGUUUGGGCACUAGCCAGUACACCAUCAUUUAGUUAUGUUUAUAGUGGUGGUAGAGACCUCUCUCUGUAUAUAACAGACUUGUCGACGAGAGAGAGUCUUUUGCUUUGCACAGGGGAAUAUCCCAUUCAACAAUUGGCAUUACAUGAAGAGAAUAUAUGGGUUGCAACUACAGAUUCUUCAGUUCACAGAUGGCCCACUGAAGGGUGUAAUCCUCAGAAGGUUUUUGAAAGGGGUGGUUCAUUUUUAGCCGGAAAUCUAUCAUUUUCUAGGGCAAGGGCUUCUUUGGAAGGAUCUACUCCUGUUCCUGUAUAUAAAGAACCAACCUUCACCAUUUCUGGAGCUCCGGCAAUUGUGCAGCAUGAAAUUUUAAAUAAUAGAAGGCAUAUCCUGACAAAGGAUGCGGCAGGUUCUGUCAAGCUAUGGGAGGUUACUAGGGGCAUUGUAAUUGAGGAUUAUGGAAAGGUCUCAUAUGAAGAGAAAAAGGAAGAGUUAUUCGAGAUGGUCAGUAUUCCUGCAUGGUUUACUGUGGAUACCAGGCUUGGGAGUUUGUCAGUUCAUCUGGACACUCCCCAGUGCUUUUCUGCAGAGAUGUAUUCAGCAGACCUUAAUAUUACGGGAAAACCAGAGGAUGAUAAGGUUAAUCUGGCACGAGAAACCCUUAAAGGACUUAUGGCUCAUUGGUUAGCCAAGAGAAAACAUAGAUUUGGAUCACAAGCCUCAGCUAAUGGAGAAGUUCUUUCUGGGAAGGAUAUCAGUACAAGAAGUCUUUCCCAUUCAAGGAUUGAGGCAGAUGGCAGUGCUGAAAAUGACUCCAUGGUUUAUCCUCCAUUUGAAUUUUCAACAGUUUCUCCUCCCUCAAUCAUUACGGAGGGUUCCCAAGGUGGACCUUGGAGAAGGAAGAUUACUGAAUUGGACGGAACAGAAGAUGAGAAAGACUUCCCAUGGUGGUGUUUGGACUGUGUGUUGAAUAAUCGCCUACCUCCAAGAGAAAAUACCAAGUGUAGUUUUUAUCUACAUCCUUGUGAAGGUUCGUCCAUUCAGAUCUUAACACAAGGAAAACUAAGUGCUCCUCGUAUUUUGAGAGUGCAUAAGGUUGUAAAUUAUGUCAUAGAGAAGAUGGUUCUUGACAAACCAUUGGAUAAUGUAAAUCCGGAUGUUCCUUUUGGUUCUGGACUCUCUUCAACCGUUGGAGAUGGAUCAUUUCGGUCUGGAUUAAAGCCUUGGCAAAAGCUUAAACCUUCUAUAGAAAUCUUAUGCAACAAUCAGGUCUUGUCUCCUGAUAUGAGCUUAGCCACAGUUAGGAAUUACAUCUGGAAGAAGCCAGAGGAUUUGGUCCUCAAUUAUAAAGUGGUUCAAAGCAGGUGAACGCACGAAACAGGUGAUUCUUUUGCUGAGGAAACUGGGAAUGUUGCUUCUUCUUGGGGUGCUUGAUAUGAAUGAAAGCAUUUUAUCCAGGCAUUGCAUAUCUAAACACCAUCAACCCAUUUCUCAAUUCCGUGUUGUUUCUCGAACCUGCCGAGAAUUUUCUGGUCAUCAUUUCAUCGAAGGUAAAGCAGCAGGCGCCAUAGAUUUUCGAUCUUCAUCUUUAUCCUGCAAGGUGUAGCUUUUACAAAAAAUACUGCAGUAGGAAGAGGCUUGGCAUGGGUUUUAAUGGCAUGGAUGUAUUUUUUUGACUGUGGAGGAGAAAUCAGCAGUAUGGAAAAUUUGGGGAGAGGGACUAAAUAUUAGGGUUAUGAUGUCAGAAAGCUGUGUAGAUUUGAAUGGUGGCUUACCUACUUUAGUCUUAGAAAACCAAGUUGUGAAGGUUAUAUUUUUGUUUUAUUUAUUUAUUCAUAAAUAAAAAGGAGGUCUCUCUUUGUGCUCUACUGCUGAACAGAGCUUUUCUUUUAUUUUCAUUUGAAAAUUUUGCCCCCAUUCUGCUCCUCUCCUUCAUUUACUUAUUGAAUUCUGUAACUUGAAUGCCAGAGUUCCUUUGGGAGGUAGUUUUUUUUU